AUGGAAAGAACCCCGUUGUUGAACGCCAAGAAACAAGGCACCGAGACUUAUGGUGGCUAUGUAAGUGAUGGGAGGUCUGUGGAAUCGGACGAAGUUUGUUUUAGCCGAUUCCGGGAGAUGAGUCCCGAUCUGGAAGAGUCAGAAAUUGCAGAUCUGGCUAUCCUAAAAGAUUCAUCGCAUCUUAGAGUUGACACUACUUCUGUGGGUUACGAGGCCCGUGUAAUAUUGAAACAAGCUAUACCGCUUACGUUAACGUUCUUCAUGGAAUACUCGCUGGCGGUGACAUCCAUGAUCGUAAUCGGGCACUAUGGCACAUCUGAAAAUCUGGCAUCGGCGUCAUUGGCAGUCAUGACUUUCAACAUCACAGGUCUUGCUGUAAUCGAAGGAUUGUCCACCUCUCUUGAUACAUUCUGUGCCCAGGCGUAUGGUGCUCAAAAAUAUCAUAAAGUAGGGCUUUAUUUUCUGCGCUGCACGGCCAUGAUGAUGGUCGCAGCAGUUCCAGUAAUUUUAUUUUGGUGCAGCAGUGCAUUUUGGCUGAAAUUUGUAAUUCCAGAACAUCAAUUACUCGCAGAUGCGCAAACGUUUCUGCGAAUUUCAGCGCUAGGCCUGCCCGGUCUCAUAUGGUUCGAAACGGGCAAACGGUUUGCUCAAGCUCAAGGUGUUUACGACGCGGGAACGUGGGUCCUAUUGAUCACUAUCCCUACAAACGUAUUGCUCAGUAUAGUUCUGACCAAGAAUUUUGGUAUAGUUGGGGCUCCCAUUGCUACGGCCAUCAGCGAUUGGCUUUCGGCAUUGGCACUACUCAUUUACUGUCGAUAUUUCGAGCCCAGGGUUGGCGACUGCUGGUAUCCUUUCAAUACCAGCUGGCACCACUUCAAGCGCCUAUUUCAGCAUUGGGGAGCUAUGUGGAGCUUGGCAUUUCCGGGACUAGUGAUGGUCGAAUCAGAAUAUUUGUCAUUUGAAAUUCUCACAAUAAUGACAUCACGCUUUGGCGUCGAAGCGAUCGCCGCUCAAGCAGUGGUAGCCAAUGUGGGUUCUCUAGCGUACCAGAUACCGCUUUCUAUAGCUUGCGUAGUCUCCACACGCAUAGCAGGCUACAUUGGGACAGAAAACAUCAAGAAUGCAAAAAUAGUCGUGCGCGCAUCAUAUGCAGUUUCUGCAGGUGUCGGUUUAUUUACUUGUUUGAUUUUAGUCUUUGGAAGGAAAUACUUGGCUCAGAUUUUCACGAAAAAUGAUCAGGUAGUCACUGUCGCAUUCCAUUUAAUGCCAAUUUUGGCCAUCAAUCAACUUUAUGACUCGGUGGCCAUUUUCAGUGCAGCAGUUUUGAGAUCUCAAGGAAGACAGGGCAUCGGUGGUUUAUUAAAUGUGCUUGGUUACUAUGUCAUAGGAAUUCCGCUUGGCGGAUGGUUGGCUUUUGGUCCUUUAGAUCUAGAAUUGAAAGGAUUAUGGUAUGGCUGUGGCACAGGUAUUUUCACGCUGGCUAUUUCCUUGACUUAUUAUGUGUUAAGAAGUAACUGGACUGAAAUCUAUGACGAAUUCUUAGCCCGAGAGAGCGAAGACGCAGAGAUAGACGGAUUGGAUGUAAUAACGAGUUGCAGCUCAUCACAUUUGUAG